UACAACAACGAUUUAUAAGUUUACUUACACGGUUAAAAUAAUGAUUGCUUUUGCAACAACUACUUACCUGACAACUUGAUGCGUAAUUUACAUAAUAAAAAUGUUGAUUUAUUAAAAAUUUUGCCGGUUUAGAUAUUUUUUAUCAGUGUUAGUGCAGUGCCAAUGUUUGUUACAAGAUACGAUAAAAGAGAUAAUACAAUAAUUUUGGUCUUCAGUAGCGAUGUCUUUGGCAGGGAAAGGGAUAUUCAUAAUUGGUGCAAAACGUACGCCAUUUUGCAACUAUGGCGGCCCGCUAAGAGACGUACAAGCGUGCCAUCUUUUCGCAGCCGCAGCAAAGGAUGCAAUUCGUGCUGCCAAUAUUGAGGCUAGCGUAAUAGAUCAAACUGUCGUCGGCAAUGUUAAUUAUCUAAGUCAAUGUGAUGGAGGAAAGACUCCAAGAUAUUGCGGGAUUUAUUCCGGAUUACCCAUUGAGAGACCAGCCUUAGGCGUCAGCAAAGCCUGCGGUACUGGAAUCCAAGCCGUCAUUUCUGGUGCUGUGGAUAUUGUUUUCGGAACGUCCAAUGUCUGUUUAUCUGGAGGCACAGAGCAAAUGUCCUCGCUACCGAUGUUAGUCAGAAAAUUGCGAUUCGGAACUGCUCUUGGCGCUUCAUAUCAAUUCGAGGAUCAUAUACAGAGGGAGUUCUUGGACAGUCACACGGGGAGGUCGUUACAGAGAAUGGCCGAGGAGACGUCUAAGAAAUACGGCAUUGGAAGAAAGAAUGUUGACGAUUAUACUGUACAGAGUUACGAUAAAUGGAAAGAAGCAGUGAGAUCGAAACUGUUCAUUAACGAACUAACAAGCCUUAGUGUGAAGAUUAAAAAGAAAGAUGUUCUAGUUGAGGCAGACCAACCGUGCCAACUGGAUGUUAGCGUUGAAAGUUUAAACGCACUUCCUGCGUUAAUAGACAACGGGGAUGUUGUAACUGCCGGCAAUUCUGCUGCACCAGCGGAUGGCGCUGCUGCCCUAGUCCUCGCGAGCGAAGAAUCCGUUUUAACCCAAAACCUAAAACCCCUGGCAAGAUUGGUCGGGUGGACAACAGUCGGGGUAGACCCUCAGGACACUGCAGCAGGAGCUAUUGAAGCCGUGAGGAAGUUGUUGAUCCAACAUAAAUAUGGAGUCAACGAUGUAGAUUUAUUUGAGAUAAACGAAGUUUUCGCUUCACAAGCAUUAAUAGCUGCGAUCGAAUUAAAAUUGGACGUCUCAAAACUGAACGUGAAUGGCGGAGCUCUGGCUUUCGGAAAUCCGGUGGCCGCUACCGGGGCUAGGAUGAUCGUCCAUCUUGUUCAUGAACUAAGACGACGCAACUUGAAAAGGGCAGUCGCCGCUUCCAGCUGUGGGGGCGGACAAGGCGUGGCUGUACUGUUGGAGAAUACGGGAUAAUCGUCUACGGAAAUUCUCAGUCAACGUUACAUAAAUCAUACUAUUAGGUCCUUACAUAUGAAA